GUCCCGGAGGCCCCUCUCCGCUAUAACUUUAUUUCAUCUUUUUUUACUUUAAUUAUUUAGCUUUACAUGUAAGCCUUUGUCAAUUAUAUCAUAUUAGAGAAUAGAUAGACGUUCCAACGUUAUUUAUAAAUAAUCGGCGUAGAAGGUGAAGAUUCUUAUUAUUAUUUUCCUACCAUCGUGCAGGCUUUGGUUAGUUUGUAUCGAAGUGAGUGUUGAAAUCUCGACUGGGGAAUAGGUGUAUUUGCGAUGGCUAGUGUCGGACCCCUAGUGACUCCAUUGAUAAUUUCUCCUUUUGAAGACAACUCGACAAGAUAAAAGACUCAACUGUCAGGACCCGUCUCGUUUCUAUAAGCCGUCUAUAUAAUUUAUCCUUUCCAACGAUUGAGUGAAAAUGGCGACCGAGACGGAAGCAUCCCUGCUAUCUUGUGCUUCUGAUCCGAAUUUCGCCGUGAUAUGCUCGUUUUUGAACCAAUUCGCAGCCUCUUGUGGUAUCGCACACCCAACUUUUAGCGAACUUCAAGACAUGCUGGAAGAUACUGAUGAAGUGUCACAGGUUCUGAUUGAUAUACACAUUAAAUUGCUGAGAAAAGCUCGUAAAAGUUUCACUGCGGAUAAAUGGGAAAAAGCAUUAGCCAGAUUUUGUCACACCUAUUCUCAGCAAGACGGAUGGGAGCUGGAAAGAUUCGGAUACAAGAAGGCACGGCUGAGUGUCAAAGUAAAAUUGUUAAAGGUUUUGCUUGAAACUCAAUUUGACGUAAAUGGGAAAUUUAAAUCUGAAGUGAAUAAAGUCGGUGCUAAAGACCUUCGCUUGGAGCCCCUCGGCAGGGAUCAAAGCGGUUUCCAGUAUUGGUGCCAGUUCGAUAAGUCGUCUCAUGUUCGCAUUUAUCGUGAAGAUGUUGAUGAUGAAACUUGGGAGCUGGUGGCAAGUGAUCGUGAUGGAUUGGUACAACUUAUAGAUAGUCUGUCUAACGGAGAGGGUCAGCUAGAACUCAAUUCAAUUCUGAAUGAAGAUUCUACUAGUCAAGAAAUAGAAAAGCCGAUCACUGAUACCGGGCAAGAAGAGGAUAAGCAGGAAGAAGCAGUUAAUGGGAAUGAUGAGGAUGAUGGUGAUGAUGAAGAAGAGGAGGAGGAAGAAAUAGAGGAAGAGGAAGAAGAGGUCGAGGAGGAAGAGGAAGAAGAAGGUGAUGAAGAAGGGGAAGAGGUGAAUACAGAAAAACACAUAGAGCAGACAAUAGAGCAAAAAGUGGAAUCAGUUCCGGUAAAGUCAGUUGUGGCUAUAGAACAAGUUAGUAGUCGUGGUAACCUAGAGCAAGAGAAGCCUGUCGAAUUGACUAAUGCAUCGAACAUGGAGCAGAAAUGUCUCAUCCCACCUGUAGAAGAAAAUAUGUCAUCGUUAACUGGUGUAGAUUUAAGUAUCAAAUCUGAUUCAAAAAGGUAUUCAAAUAUGCCAAAUGACUUUUACGCUUCUGAAAGGCCUUAUAUGCCUGAAAGAAACGAUAUCCUGAGCCAGAUGUCCGCAAGGUUCAAUGAUACAAGAGAAGCUGAAGAUUUAAGUUUUAAUCCAGCUAAAAAACUGAAGUUGGAUGAUGACGAUCAGCCGAUGAUGCUUGUCAAGAAAGACAUUGUAGUUAGCGAUGCGAUAGAAGAACCCGUGAGGCUCGUGACCGGCCCAGGUUCUGGUGAGGAUUGUCAGCUGGGAAACCCCGGCAAACCUGGGGAACCUAUAUUUAGUGAAGUUAUAGAAGAACCGGUGCAAUAUUUUGUAGGGGCAGGUUCAGGAGUAGAAUGUGAUGUAGCAAAUCCUAAGUAUGGCAAACAUUUAGAUAUAAGUGACUCCGAGUGCAGCCAAAAUGUUGUUGAAGAAGAACCAGAAUUUAGUGAAGUUAUUGAAGAGCCUAUGCUAUUUAUUGUAGGGCUUGGAUCUGGAGAAGAAUGUGGAAUCGGUAACCCACGGCUGAGUGAUGAAAGCAAGGCUUCUACCUCUUAUUCAUCAUCUACUCAGGGAAUUGAAUGCUCUCUGGGAAGCUUAAGCCUAGCUACUCGCGAGCCCAAGUUCAGCGAUGUCAUCGAGGAGCCAGUGAUGUUUGUCCAUGGUUCGGGAUACGGGCAGGACUGCCUCACUGGCAAUCCGGAUGAAGUCGAUGAAUCUAUAGAUGACAAAUCUCCUGAAAAAAAGCCCAAGCUGUGGUCCAUUGAUGCGAUUUGCUCGCCUGAAAAAUUAUUAAACGAAUCAUUGAAACAAAACUCUUCCGGAAGCUCCCAGAAAGAUCCUGAUUGUGAUGAAGGUUCCUCAAAGAUGUCUGAAGGUUUCAGUGCCUUGAACUGUACAAAGGAGAAUGUUGUCGACGAAGAAAAUGUUUCUGGUUUUAAUUUAUCUAAUAACAUCAAUUCCAGUCUUAAGCCUUUCUCCGGUGUUAAGCCUAUUUUAGAAAAUAUCCCUAUGAAGGAUAAGCCUCCUGAUAGUGUAGAGUCCGAUACUGGCAGCUUUGUACCUGAACUAAGUAAUGAUAUCAGUAGUCAUAGUUUUGAUAAAUUUGAGAGUAAUAGUAAUUGUAUUUCGAAUAUUGAUGAGGAAAUAGAUAAAAAUCAAGUGUUAAAUUCUGAUUCCGUACCAUCAAGUAAAAUAGAUCAGGUUUCAAGUGACAUUUCUUCCAGCAAUUGUACAUCUGAUGAGAAAUCUACUACAGAUGAUCAACCAUCAACUAUAAAUUGCAGCAUUAAUAACAAUGCAUUACCUGUUGUUACAGAAAGCAAUGUAAAGUCAUUUUCAGAAGAUGACAAAAAGACUAGUAUAAUUUCUGAGGAUGUAGCGGAGGAUAAGAAUCCUAAUGAGUUGUUUGACAGUUCAUUGAAACCUGAUGUCGACUCUCACCCUAAUGUAAAUAGUGCUAAAUUGAACAAUAAGAAAUCUAAGUCAAGUAAGUCCGCCAAAAAAACCGUUGCCUCUAAUAGCAAAAACUCUACGAACAAUAUAAGUGAUGGAGAAAUUAACUGUGAGGUAAAUAACUCUCUGAUUGAAAAAUGUGAAAAUGAUAACAAAGUAAAUUCUCAUAUCAUAGACAAGAAUACCUUGACGAAUUGUGAAAACGGUUCCAAACUUAUAACAAAUUGCUCAGUAGUUUGUGAAAAACUUACUGAUAUCUCUUUGGCCAGUCAAAAUUUGUCAGUUGGUAAAACAUCAAAACCUAAACGUGGUACGGUUAGUAGCUCAGGUGCCGAUCAAUCCAAAAGUGGUUCAGAUAAAAGUAAUUCUGCUGCUUUGGAUAAAAAUGAGGAGAAAAGGAAGAACGUCAUGUUGACAAAUAUUAUUGAAGUAUGCCUAGAUAAUGACAAUUAUAGCAAAGACGAUGCCAAAUCUGGGUUGAAAGGACAACUGAAUGCGAAAUUCAACGAUUUGUUUUCUGCGAAAAAUUUGCUCGAGCCUGCAACUAAGAGUAGCUCAAAAGAAACCUGCAACGAUUUAAAUGAAGUUCCAACAUCAAGCAUUUCUGAAAAUAGUUCUGAAAGCGAUAGUUCUGAUGAAAAUAUCGAAACUCCUGAAGAACAAAAAAUUAAUCCUGAUGUAAAUGUUAAAAACGAAAAUAGUGACAAUACUAAACAAGAGGAAAAUAUUAAUGAAGAGCGUUUACAAAAUAUAUUAACAAGUAAAUCAGAAUCUGAAAGCAAAAUUAAAUCCGAAAAUGGUGAUUCCAUUAAAUUGGAAGAAAUAAAGGAGGAGAACUCUGUGAGGAACGUUACAAGAGGUAGAAAAUCUCGUACGAACAGUCUGAACAACGAUGAGGAAACAGAAAUACCUAAUAAAAUUAGGAAAACAGACAGCGUACCAGCAACCAAGGCCAGGAGAGUGACCCGAAGAAAUGCAUCUUCGACUUCUCAGAACGACGUUUGUUCAGAACCUGUAGAUGAUAAAGUGGUUAAUGCCAAAGGAUCAAGAACAAAGUCGAAGAACGAUUCUUCUACUACAAAAGAUCCUAUUAAAGAGCUGAAUAUAAAUGAGGAAAAGACUGAAAACAAUAUUGAACAAAAGAAUGAAAAUGACAAAGCGGUAGAUGAUGAGAUAAAAGUGGAGGUAAAAAAAGAGGAUGAAACUACUAACAUAAUUCCUAAAACAGAAACUGAUGAGGCGGAUUGCAAAUCUAACGAAGACAAUGAAGAUGCUUCGAAAAAAAGUGUCGAAGAGAACAAAGGGUUUACUCUGGCAUCUUUUUCAUUAGAACAGCCUUUGGAAGACGGCCCUGUUUUGGGUAAACCACCGGAUUUCAAGUCGCAGCCAAGCAGGAAAAGAAGGAACAGUCGCAAAAUGAGUCGAUCUGAAGAGGACGGUGGAGAAGUUGACGACAAUGACGAAGACGCUGAAGAAGCUGGUGGUAAAAGACCAAGGCUAAGAGCUAAAACUCGUCGAUCUAAAGGGACACCUCCAUCUACAAAGCAUGUCCAACCUGAAGCCAGUAGUUCUGAUGAUAAUCAAGCAGAAGAAAAUACUGAUGCAAAUUCCAAGGAUAAACAACGCUCUAGGGGUCGGCCAAUGAAAAAAAAAGGAAAACGUGAUGGUCCUGCCACAUCUAAGUCAAAAUCAGGAAAAGCAAAAGAGACAGAAAAGAGUAAAGAAAAAGAAUCAGAAGAAGAAGAAGAAUCGGAGUCUGAGAAAGAAGAUGCUAAACGAGUAGCAAUUAAGAAAGAGACGAGGAAGAAACAACAAUCCAACAAAGAGGAAAGUGAAAAGGAAGAAAAAAAACAACUCGCUAAAAAGAGUAAUGAAAAGGACGACAAAAAACAACUUUCUAAAAAAGAAGCAAAGUCUCAAUCGAAAGGUAAAAGUAAGUCAAGAGGGCGUCCUAAGAAAGAACUACAAUCAAACAAAGACGAAACAGGAGACGAUACCAGCAAUGAAGCAGAAGAGGAAGUGGGCAAAGAUACCAAAACGGAAGUCGUCGAGGUCAAAGGGGAGGAAGAUGAUGAUAGCAAGCCUUUGGAAAGUGAUGAACCAAAGCCUAAGAAGAAAGGAAGGCCGAAGAAACAAAAAACACUGUUAGGACUUAUGGAAAGCGAUCUGAUCCAUUCAAAGCCGUCACCGAAUGAGAGCGAAGGGAGCAGAGUCAGGCAGAGCAGGAGAAUCGCUCAAAUAAAAAUAAAAGAAGAAGCAGAAAGGCGAGCCAUCGAAGAGGCCACCAUGAUGUUAACGAUGAAAGAAGUUAAGAAGAAACCCAAAGAGGAGAGCAAGCAAACACCGAAGAAACAUAAAAACAAAAAGGGGAAAAGUGUAAAUGUUAGUGAAGAAGAAGAUGAAACGUUCAAAGAGCCGGUCGAAGAGAAGAAGAAAGGUCGUAAAAAGAAGAAGAAAAAAGGUCUGACGUACGAUAUCAACAAACCUUGGCAAUCGUCUUCUGAUGAUUCUUCUGAAGAGGCGGAAGAAGAGGAGGAACACUUUGAGGAAGAAGACGAUGAGGAAGACAUCAGGGCCACUAAAGUUGUCUCUGAUCAUGAAUUUUCACCAGAAUCUGACCUGGAGAAAGAUGAAACUAUUGAACCCAUCCGUCGCGCUCGAACAGCUAAGAAAGCGGAUGAAGAUGAAGUCAAAGAAGAAGCAGCAGAAGUAACCGAAGAUUAUCCUUGCAAAAAGUGCGGGGAGCCCGACCAUCCUGAAUGGAUUCUCUUGUGUGACAAGUGCGACAGCGGCUACCAUGCUUCCUGCCUUCGACCGACCAUCAUGUUGAUACCCGAGGGAGACUGGUUCUGCCCUCCUUGUCAGCAUCUCGAAUUAGUCUCCAAACUCAAAGAAACCCUCCGUGCCUUUGAAAAAAACACAAAACGACGUGAGAAUGAGGAACUGCGGAAGAAGAGGUUGGCAUACGUAGGUAUCAGCCUUGCUAAUGUUUUGCCCACCCAAGAAAAAUCAUCGUCCUACAGCGGUGGAAGAAGGAUAAUGAGUGAAUCAAGCGAGUCUUCCAGCGAGGAGAGCGAAUCGAGCGAUGAAGAACCGGUCUACCAGCUCCGACAGCGGAGGGCUGCCCUUCAAGCUAAUUACCGGUUCAACGAUUAUGACGACCUCAUCAAUUCUGCAAUUCAGGAUGAAAUGGAAGCUGUGAAAGGUGCUGGUAAUAUGGGCCGGGGGAAAGACAUUGCCAACAUUGUCGAGGCGGAAAAGAAAGCGGCCCAGACAGACGAGACUGCUAACGUCGAAGAAGAACCUAAACCUGAGGAUGAAGAAGAACAAGGCGAAAAUUGGAGGCCACCAGUUGUUCCGAAAAACACAUCACUCCCAUCUUUGAGGAAAAAACCAAAGAAAUUAACAGAUUUAGACAAACAGAGUGAAGACGAUGCCGAUUCGGACGAAGACUUUAAAGGCAGCAGCGAUGAAGAAGAAUUCUCAUCUACUGAACCUGGCGAUAGCGACGAUUCUAUUGGAAGAAGGCAACCUGUGAGGAGGUCAUCAAGAGCUAGAAUAUCUAGAAUAGAUAAAGAGUUCAUAAAUGACGAUUCCGAAUCAAGUGAUGAGCCUAGGAGGAAAAAAACCCGCAGAAUUUGGGCAAGUUCGAGCUCGGAAUCGAGCGAUACAACUUGGGGAAGAAGGAAAAGGAAAACGAAAACGUACAGUAGGAUUAGAUCCUCAAGAAGUAGCAAAAAGAAGAAGAAGAUGGUCCUGGAUUCAGAUUCAGACCGACCCAAGAAAACCAAAAUUAAAAGGCCGAAGAUUAGAUAUGGACUUUCCGAGGACGAAGGAGAGCCGCUGAGGCGGACGAGGGGGAAGAAGAUGAGUUACCUCGAGGUUGCCGGAUCCGAUACUGAAGAGGAGGUCAUCGCCAGAAGCAGAAAGCUGAUAAGUGAAGAUGAAGAAGAAUUUGUACCUGAAAAAGAAGAAGUGGGAGGAGAUGAGGAAAAUGAACCUGAAGAAGUUGAGCCUGUAGAAGAAGUCGAAGAAGAGGAGGAGGAGGAGGAAGAAGAAGAGGAUGAAGAUGAGGAUGAGGAAGAGGAUGAGGCUGAACCUAAACCUAAACCCGAAGAAAAGGCUCAGUCUGAGACUACAGAAAAAGAAAAGAAAGAACCAGAAAAGGAGAAGACUCCAGAAAAGGAAACGGUGGCGAAAGUUCCAGUACCUGAAACUCAAAAUAAAGAAGAAGUUAAAGAACCAGUACCAUUACCAGUACAAGAAGCAGAAAAAGCUGUGGAGGAUGAUGAAGACGAUGAUCAAGUUGAAGAAGAGGAAAUAGAAGAAGAAGUUGAGGAAGAAGUUGAAGAAGAGGAGGAGGAGGAGGAAGAAGAUGAUGAAGACGACAGUCAAAUUGAGGAAGUAAAGAAUUUGGUUAGGGAAAAAGUCGAAGAGCCGAAAGGAAUCAUACAACCUCCAAUAAAAAUAGGUAGUGGGGUAUCCAUUAUCAAGGUCCCUAUGGCACCUACGCUUAGUGCUGCUAACUCGAACCCUACUCCUCAGCCACCGGCGGCUACAGCCAUCCCCACCCCCGUCAUCAAGGAAGAGAAGAAGGAGGAAAAGAAAGAGCCCACGCCUGCCAUCAGGCUGGUACCGUCGGCCAAGCUCCUCGACCCGAACAAAAGAAGGCCCCCUGAGGAGAGCGUGAUUAGAGGGAUGCUGGGAGGGGGCGGUUACUACAGGCCCCAGCCGAUGCAGGCUCCCGGGAGGCAGCCGUUCAGGCAGCGCUUCCCCGAGCAGCAGAGGUACCUCUACCAGCCCCCGCCUGCCUCCCACCACCAGUUCUAUCCGGGCGGCGCCUUCUACGCGGGAGAGGACUACGUUGUAGGCAGCGGCUAUGAAGAGCAGAUUGACCCCAAUGUGCCCGGAGGCGACGAAGAGGGCGUCUUCAGUGGCCUAGUGUCGUACUUCUCCAGUCAAAGGGAGGACAAUCUCGAUUCAUAGCGUCAGGGAGUUGUUUACAACAGAUCGUCGUUUUUGUUUGAAUGAUUUGAAGUAAAGUUCGUGAUCUCAUUCCUAAAUUUCUAAUCCAAUGGAAUGUCAGUUUUGAUCUUGAUGAAAAAUAGAUCGGAAAAUUUCCAACCUCGUCUCAUUUAAAAUAUGAAAAAAGAAAAAAACACAAACAUAAUUAGAAGGAAAAAAAAAACUGAUAAAUGUACAUACGAAAAUGUUUCAUAAAGGAGUGAAUUUUAAUAAUAAAAUGUUUAUUCAUUUUUAUCGAUUUUAUUAUAAAUUAUUUGUUUUAAAUUAUUUGUUUAAUGUAUUUUACAUGUGCAAUUACACGAUAGAUUGUUCUGCCUCUGAUAUUUUUAUGGCAGAUCUGUACAUUAUUGCUAAAUACUCUAGGUAAUUUUACAUUUACAAUUUUCAAUGUUGAUAUUUUUUUAUUUUAUUUUAUGUUUUUAUAAUUUUUUUUAGUUCUUUAUUGUAAUUGUUUUAUAAUGUGUAAAUAAUCAUCCCGUGUAGUUGUUUUUGUAUAUUUAAAUAUUUUAUCUAAAUUCCUAAGUUUUUUAUUGUUAAAAAUAAAUUUAUUUUUAGCAAAAUUCCAUUCCUAUAGAACAUUUUGUUGUGUUUAUUUUGUAUAGAGCGCUAAUGUUAAAGUGAAUUUAUAUAAAUAUAUAUAUAAAUAAGUGUGUAAAUAAUAAAAAUUAGUUUGUGGUAAAUUAUUAUUACUGCGGAAGAUAUAAAAAAUAAGUGAAAUUUUUGUAUUUAUUUUGUGACAAAGGUGAAUUUAUAUAUCUAUCUAGGGAACGUCCUGCCGAUGUUCUGUUUAUGUAAUAGAGGUCAUGAUAUAUGACAUAAAAUAAAAUAUAUUAUGUAAUUUAUUUCUCAAUCA